UACCGUGAAGCGUGUAGAUGUCAAUAUAGCGCCAUCUAACGGCAAUGGCGAUUACCAACACGUCAAACGCGGCUCGUCGUCGCACCAGGUCACCACCUGCGUCAGUCAGUGCGCUUUGCUCCACAAGUCUUGGAACGUCAGUCACCGUGGACAGUCGUCUCUAUUUCUCCGCAGUGUAUGACCGUUCUCGACGUUGGACCACAUUGACGCAAGGCAUAUUAUUGUUAAGAAAUGGCAGCAGAAGAUACGCCCAAUAAUUGUAUCAGGGAUCCUGAAGUACGUUUGUCACAGUUUUUGUAUGUUGGAAAAGAAUAUGCUGAUUAUCAUCCUGGAAAUUGGUUCGUCCAUGAUUACUUUCGAGCCGUUAAUAUCAUGUCCAUAUUAGAACUAGCUGAAAAUCCGAAGAAACAAUUGGUACCCAUUGAAUUAAUUACAAAGGCAUUUGACAGUGGUCUUGUCCCAUGUCCAGAAACCUUGGUAUUUGCUCUUGCUGUUUGCUGCAGACAAAUGCAAAGUGAGAAAUUACGUCAUGCAGCAUAUAAAAGUGUGGGAAAGAUCUGCGCAUCGCAGCAGCACUUUAUGCUGUUUGUUAAGUUUGCCUCAAAACUGAGCAAACAGAAGGAGUUGGCUGCGGAUGAUAAUGCUAAAAGUGGAUGGGGCAAUGGCCUCAGAAAGGCCGUUAAUCAAUGGUACUUGUCCAAAGAACCAUUAGAUUUGGCGAAGUAUGUCACAAGAUGCAGGAGUAGAUAUGGUUGGAAACACAAAGAUAUCAUCAAACUAUCUCAUCCUAUAACUAAUAGUUCAGAAAUGGGAAUAGUGUUGCAAUACAUAAUACACGGUAUGAAGCAUACCAAAGCUUCUUUGGAAAAGGUAGCUGACAAUCCGAAAAUUACUGAAAUCAUGGAAUAUAUACAAAAAGUCGAAGAUUUUAAACACUGUGAAGACGAGGUCCGUGCUGCUGCCUUGCUAGAAGAAUACCAAUUAUCGCUGGAUCAUGUACCCGGACAUUUGUUGACAUCCAAGGAGGUUUGGAACGCAUUGAUAUCGUCAAUGGAUAUCGUCACGCUUCUGAACAACUUGCAAAGAAUUCAUAAUCUCGAAAUACUCAAACCAGACGCUCCAGCGGUUGCGAUGAUAACAGAACAGCUGGUCAACGAGGAGCGUUUAGCGCGCGAUAAAGUCCAUCCGGCGUUGGUUCUGAUCACUAUCAGGAAUUACGAAAAUUCUGGAAAACCUCUGAGCUACGAAAAACGAAAGGUCAAAGAACAAGCGAAGAAACCUCCUCCACCACCGCCUAAACCGAAUUCCAGAAUAAUUGACGCUUUGUACAAGGCGUUGAACUUGUCAUUUUGCCAUCUGCAACCUACCGGCUUGCGUUACAUGGUGACGAUCGAUAUGAACAAGGUGAUGUUGGAUUCACGUGCUUGGCGCAACGCCAACAUGACCGGUGCCGAGGCCGGCUGUAUGAUCGUGCUGUCGCUCGUUCGAUGCGAGAAGAACGUCACCGUGGCGACAUUCAAGAACGUCGGAGUACACACUGUGAACAUCGACAAGACAGCAUCCUUUGGCCAAACCAUGCGAAGACUAUCGCAGAUGCCGGUCGGAAAUGUCAAUCUGGCUAAACCGAUGUCGUGGGCCGCGCAUCAGAAUAACAAAUACGAUGUCUUCAUCAACAUUGUAGAUCAAGUGUACGCCAAAUCCGAUACGUCCGAAGAAGCUCUGAUAGCGUACAGAACGAAACUGAAACUCCCACACGCGAAGUUGAUCAAUUGUGCCGUGUGCUCUUGUUCGACGUAUUAUAAAGCGAAUCCCGACAAAAAUAUCCUAUCGAUCAACGGUUUCGACGCUACUGUGCCUACUGUCAUCCAGGCGUUCGCUAAGUCUCUAUUUUAAACACGGGUACGCGUACCCGUACCUAUCUACUGGAGACUUUCCUCGACAUAUUUUUUCUCAGAAGGACAGAAGCACUCGCGAUCGGGAAAGAAAUUAAUCUUGUUGAAACGGAUUUCUACCGAAAGUGAAAGUGAAAA